GACUCUUUUAGAAACACCCAGGACGACUCUGGGGGCACAGAGCAUCUGCUGCCCGGAGCCACUGGCUGUGUCAAGAAUUUGGGGUGAGACGGGAGCGCAGGCGGCGGCUGUGGCGGUGGCAGCUGUUCCCUGCCCGCAGCCCUCCUGCCACACAGGGCAUUUAAAUUUUAAAGCACACUCCCCACGGUGCUUUCUCCACUGUUCUUGCCCAGCUCACAGAGACCUGCUUCCAGGGAGGUUCACGAGGCACCAAUGGGUUCGCUGGUGGCCAAGCUCCUUCUGCCCACCCUCAGCUCCUUGGCCUUCCUCCCCACCAUCAGCAUCGCGGCCAAGCGGCGUUUCCACAUGGAAGCCAUGGUUUACUUCUUCACCAUGUUCUUCGUGGCGUUUUACCACGUUUGUGAUGGUCCUGGGUUAUCAGUGCUGUGUUUUAUGCGCUACGACAUCCUGGAGUACUUCAGCAUCUACGGAACAGCCCUGUCCAUCUGGGUGUCCCUGAUGGCCCUGGCAGAGUUUGACGAGCCCAAGAGAUCGACCUUCAUCAUGUUUGGCGUCCUCACCAUCGCUGUGAGGAUCUACCACAACCGCUGGGGCUACGGCGUCUACUCGGGCCCCAUCGGCACGGCCGUGCUGGUCAUCACUGUCAGAUGGCUGCAGAAGAUGAAGGAGAAGAAAGGACUCUAUCCUGACAAGAGUGUCUACACCCAACAGAUUGGUCCUGGCUUCUGUUUCGGGGCACUGGCACUGAUGCUGAGGUUCUUCUUUGAGGAGUGGGAUUACACAUACGUGCACAGCUUCUACCACUGUGCCUUGGCCAUGGCCCUGGUGCUGCUGCUGCCCAAGGAGAACAAGAAGGCUGGGAGCAGUGGGACCCCUGCCAGGCUGGACUGCUCCACACUCUGCUGCUGCGUCUGAGCCCCCAGGCAUGCGUGUUCCUGCUGCUGGGUGAUGGAGGGCUGCAACCAAAAGGAAGAUGCCUGCCUGCUGGAUUUUCCUCUGGCACAGAAGGAAAUUUUUUUUCCAGCAUCUUUUCCCACCAGCUCUGGGAUUUUCUCCCCUGGGAAGUUUCUUGAGUCACCUGGUCCAGGGGAAUGCGUUCCAGCCCAUGGCAGGGGGAUUGAAACACGAUGGGCUUUAAGGUCCCUUCCAAACCAUCCUGUGAUUCACCUGUACACCAUCAGCCCUAGCAAAGCUUGCACUCCCAGUUUGGUACAUAUCCCUAUUCUCCCUGGAGGAGCACUCAGCUGGGCUCUGACCCGUCCCCUGCCCCAGGAGACCCCUGCACUCCCAGGACAUGUCACCUUCUCCUGACCUGGCAGGACCCAAGUUGUCCCCUCCAUGCAGGUUCACCCAGCCUGAGCACACAAAGCUUUGUUUGCAACACCCAGUUAACAGAACCUGUAUUUUUUGUGAGAUAUUAACUAUUUUAUUUAUGCAUUCUCUUGAUGUAAAUAAUAUAUACUAACAAGGA